CCAGCGAGCGCCCGGCGCAGCCACGCUCCAGCCUCCGGCCCGGCCCGGGCACCCAGGCGCGGUGGGCGAGCUGAGGACAAGGUCAGGGGACCGCGGGGCGAUGCCCGAGUGCGACCGGAGGCAGCGGAGCGCGGGCGGCGGCGGCGGGGAUCUGUCCAUCUGCCCCUCCUGACCGGGCAGCGGGACCCGGGCGGGCGCUGUGCGCAGAAGCCGGCGGAGGAGCAGCGGCGGCGAGGCUUCUGCAGCCGGGAGUCCCGGGGGCGUCGCGCAGGGCGCCCGCAGCCCCACCGGGCAGGGGCGCGGGGGGAGAUGGAGCCCGGGGAGCGGGCCCACCCCGACGCCCCGCAGCCGGCCGCCCCGGGGCUGUGGAGGACGCGGCCGGCCGGCAGCGGGGGCGCCUUCUUCUGGCUGCUGGACGGCCACAGCUGGCUGCUGUGCUAUGGCUUCCUCUACCUGGCGCUCUACGCGCAGGUGUCCCAGUCCAAGCCGUGCGACAAGACCGGCUCCUGCUUCUCUGGCCGCUGUGUCAACUCCACCUGCCUCUGCGACCCGGGCUGGGUGGGGGACCAGUGCCAGCACUGCCAGGGCAGGUUCAAGUUAACUGAACCUUCUGGCUAUUUAACAGAUGGUCCAAUUAACUACAAGUAUAAAACUAAGUGUACGUGGCUAAUUGAAGGCUAUCCAAAUGCAGUGUUAAGAUUAAGAUUCAAUCAUUUCGCUACAGAGUGUAGCUGGGAUCAUAUGUAUGUUUAUGAUGGAGAUUCAAUCUAUGCACCUUUAAUAGCUGUACUUAGUGGUUUAAUAGUCCCUGAAAUAAGAGGAAAUGAAACGGUGCCUGAAGUUGUCACAACGUCUGGCUAUGCGCUGCUACAUUUUUUCAGUGAUGCUGCAUACAACCUAACUGGCUUCAACAUUUUUUACUCCAUCAAUUCUUGCCCGAAUAAUUGCUCUGGUCAUGGGAAGUGUACCACCAGCGUGUCUGCUCCGAGUCAAGUGUACUGCGAAUGCGAUAAAUACUGGAAGGGGGAAGCGUGUGACAUUCCUUACUGUCGAGCCAACUGCGGCAGUCCCGACCACGGCUACUGUGACCUGACGGGAGAGAAGCUGUGUGUCUGCAAUGACAGCUGGCAGGGUCCUGAUUGUUCUUUGAAUGUUCCUUCUACCGAGUCUUACUGGAUCCUGCCAAAUGUUAAGCCCUUCAGUCCAUCUGUAGGUCGGGCUUCACAUAAAGCAGUUCUGCAUGGAAAAUUUAUGUGGGUGAUUGGUGGAUAUACUUUCAACUACAGCUCUUUCCAAAUGGUCUUGAAUUACAAUUUAGAAAGCGAUAUAUGGAAUGUAGGAACUCUAUCAAGAGGACCGAUCCAGAGAUAUGGACACUCCCUAGCUUUGUAUCAGGAAAACAUCUUUAUGUAUGGAGGCAGAAUCGAAACAAAUGAUGGCAAUGUUUCGGAUGAAUUGUGGGUGUUCAACAUUCCGAGUCAGUCCUGGAGUACCAAGAGCCCGACUGUUCUUGGGCACGGGCAGCAAUACGCUGUGGAGGGGCACUCGGCACAUAUUAUGGAACUGGAUAGCAGAGAUGUCGUCAUGAUCAUAAUAUUUGGAUAUUCUGCAAUAUAUGGUUACACCAGCAGCAUACAGGAGUACCAUAUCUCAUCUAACACUUGGCUUGUUCCAGAAACAAAAGGAGCCAUUGUACAAGGUGGCUAUGGACAUACCAGUGUGUAUGAUGAGAUAACAAAGUCCAUUUAUGUUCACGGAGGUUAUAAAGCAUUACCAGGCAACAAAUACGGAUUAGUAGAUGAUCUUUAUAAGUAUGAAGUUAACACUAAGACUUGGACUAUUUUGAAAGAAAGUGGGUUUGCCAGAUACCUUCACUCAGCUGUUCUUAUCAAUGGAGCUAUGCUUAUUUUUGGAGGAAACACCCAUAAUGACACGUCCUUGAGUAACGGUGCAAAAUGUUUUUCUGCCGAUUUCCUGGCAUAUGACAUAGCAUGUGAUGAGUGGAAAAUCUUACCCAAACCAAAUCUUCAUAGAGAUGUCAACAGAUUUGGACACUCUGCAGUUGUCAUUAAUGGGUCCAUGUAUAUAUUUGGGGGUUUUUCUAGUGUGCUCCUCAAUGACAUCCUUGUCUACAAGCCUCCAAAUUGCAAGGCUUUCCGAGAUGAAGAACUCUGUAGAAAUGCUGGCCCAGGGAUAAAAUGUGUUUGGAAUAAAAAUCACUGUGAAUCCUGGGAAUCUGGGAAUGCAAAUAAUAUUCUUAGAGCAAAGUGCCCUCCUAAAACCGCCGCUUCUGACGACAGAUGUUACAGAUAUGCAGACUGUGCCAGCUGUACUGCCAAUACCAAUGGAUGCCAAUGGUGUGAGGACAAGAAGUGCAUUUCAGCCGCCAGUAAUUGCAGUGUGACUGUCAAAAACUAUACCAAAUGUCACGUGAGAAAUGAGCAGAUCUGUAACAAGCUUACUAGCUGUAAAAGCUGUUCUCUUAACGUGAACUGUCAGUGGGAUCAGAGACAGCAGGAGUGCCAGGCUUUACCAGCACAUCUUUGUGGAGAAGGCUGGACUCAUGUUGGGAAUGCUUGUCUUCGCAUCAAUUCCAGUAGAGAAAAUUAUGACAAUGCGAAACUUUACUGCUAUAAUCUUAGUGGGAAUCUUGCUUCAUUAACUACCUCAAAAGAAGUAGAAUUUGUUCUGGAUGAAAUACACAAGUAUACACAACAGAAGUUAGCGCCUUGGGUAGGCUUACGCAAGAUCAAUAUCUCCUACUGGGGCUGGGACGACUUGUCUCCUUUUACCAACACCACCCUGCAGUGGCUUCCUGGCGAGCCCAACGACUCGGGAUUCUGUGCAUACCUAGAAAGGGCUGCCGUGGCCGGCUUGAAAGCCAAUCCUUGUACAUCAGUAGCAGAUGGCCUUGUGUGUGAAAAACCUGUUGUUAGUCCAAACCAGAAUGCAAGGCCAUGCAAGAAGCCGUGUUCUCUGAGGACGUCUUGCUCCAACUGCACGAGUAACGGCAUGGAGUGUAUGUGGUGCAGCAGCACCAAGCGGUGUGUGGACUCGAACGCCUACAUCAUCUCCUUCCCGUACGGACAGUGCCUGGAGUGGCAGACUGCCACCUGCUCACCUCAGAAUUGUUCUGGAUUAAGAACCUGUGGACAGUGUCUGGAGCACCCUGGCUGUGGCUGGUGCAAUGAUCCUAGUAAUACAGGAAGAGGAUACUGCAUUGAAGGCUCGUCCCGGGGACCGAUGAAGCUUGUGGGAACACACAGCAAUGAGAUGGUUCUUGACACCAGUCUUUGUCCCAAGGAAAAAUACUAUGAAUGGUCCUUUAUCCAGUGCCCAGCUUGUCAGUGUAAUGGACAUAGCACGUGCAUAAAUAAUAAUGUAUGUGAGCAGUGUAAAAACCUCACCACGGGAAAGCAGUGCCAAGACUGCAUGCCUGGUUACUACGGAGAUCCAACCAAUGGCGGGCAGUGUACAGCUUGUUCAUGCAGUGGACAUGCGAAUGUUUGUCAUAUGCACACGGGAAAAUGUUUCUGCACAACCAAAGGAAUAAAAGGGGAUCAGUGCCAAUUAUGUGACUCUGAAAAUCGCUAUGUUGGUAAUCCACUUAGAGGAACAUGUUAUUACAGCCUUCUGAUUGAUUAUCAGUUUACCUUCAGCUUAUUACAGGAAGAUGAUCGCCACCACACUGCCAUAAACUUCAUAGCAAACCCAGAACAGUCAAAUAAAAACUUGGAUAUUUCGAUUAAUGCAUCAAACAACUUUAAUCUCAAUAUUACGUGGUCUGUUGGUUCAACAGCUGGAACGAUAUCUGGAGAGGAAACUCCUAUAGUUUCUAAGAGUGAUAUAAAGGAGUACAGAGAUAGCUUUUCCUAUGAAAAAUUUAACUUUAGAAGCAAUCCUAACAUCACAUUCUAUGUAUAUGUCAGCAACUUUUCCUGGCCUAUUAAAAUACAAAUUGCAUUCUCACAACACAACACAAUCAUGGACCUUGUGCAGUUUUUUGUCACCUUCUUCAGUUGUUUUUUGUCCUUGUUGCUGGUGGCUGCAGUGGUGUGGAAGAUCAAACAAACGUGCUGGGCGUCUCGACGGAGAGAGCAACUGCUUCGGGAGCGACAGCAGAUGGCCAGCCGUCCGUUUGCGUCCGUGGACGUAGCACUGGAAGUCGGAGCUGAGCAGACAGACUUCCUGCGAGGGUCAUUGGAGGGGGCACCCAAGCCAAUCGCCAUCGAGCCCUGUGCAGGGAACAGAGCCGCGGUCCUCACGGUCUUUCUUUGUCUCCCACGAGGGUCUUCAGGAGCCCCUCCCCCUGGACAGUCAGGGCUCGCCAUUGCCAGUGCCCUAAUAGACAUUUCACAACAGAAGCCUUCGGAGAAUAAAGAUAAGACGUCAGGCGUCCGGAAUCGAAAGCAUCACCUGUCAACACGCCAAGGGACUUGUGUCUGA